UUUUGGGGUUUUAGCUUCUAUCUUGUCACAAAAGCGCUUGCAAGACCAGAAUUUGAAGUCAGAAGUAACCUUCCGUGGACGAAGUGUGCGGAGGACUUCACAUGAAAUAAGAUGAGUGCAUUCAAUCUGUUACGGAGUGCACCACGUGUUCUAGCUAAGCAGCCCAUCUGGGUGGCUCCUUCUAGGAAAAUUGCCCUCACAUCUAUUGCCCGGGAUGCCACUGGUUCUAAAUCUGUCCUCCCAGGCCAUGAAUACUACCCAGGAAAAGAGGAAUAUAGCAUUGUUAUAGGUAACAGAGAAAUCGUAGGAUAUGGAGAAGUCCCAUACUAUACAGAUUCAUUUAUGCAGCCAUGCCCUGCUAUCCGAUUCAAGGAAGUUGAUGAGGCACUCGGAAAACUCAGAGAAAAGGAAAAGGGGGACUGGAAAUUAUUAACACUGGAGGAAAAGAAAACCUUAUACAGAGCUAGUUUUAACUCCACUUUGGAGGAAGUCAAAGCUCCCUCAGGAGACUGGAAGAGAUGCCUGGGAGACAAUGCUGUCUUGAUGGGUCUGGUCUUGAUUGUCAUGAGUGUAGUCGGAGCAGCAAAUAAGGAGAGCGAGCCCGUCACGGUAACUAAUGAGUGGGUGGAUGCUCAGACCGAGUACCUCAUUAAGAGAAGAGUCCAACCCGUCGACGGAAUUUCGUCUUGGUACGAUUACGAGAACAACAAAUUCAAGCCCACCUGGUCCAUCUUCACCACAGAGGAAAAAUCUAAAUCUACCAAACUCCUGACUGACCUGGAGAAAUAAGAGUGAUCUUGAAAACAAUUAAGACAGAAGGAUGUGAAAUUGUAAUACUAGAAGAGACAGGAUUUAAUUUAACCUUAUAAACAUUGAAAAGAUUGUUUGUCAAUAAACUGAUUAAAAAUUGA